AUGUACACAAGAGGUCGUGGAAAAGGUGGUCGAGGAGGAUCUAAUAGUACUGGACAUCGUGGCAAACAACAACCUGAAGUUGGACCUGACGGUAAAGAAAUCAACCCAUAUAUUCCAAGAUAUAUUGCAAAUGCGCCAUGGUAUCUUGAAAAGUCUGAUGAUUAUUUAGAGCAUCAGCGAUCUCAUAAAGAUGAUGAUUUUAAAGGCGAGUGGUAUGAUCGAGGAAAGAAACCAAUUUCUUCAGAUGCGACCAAGUUCAGAAAGGGCGCAUGUAAAAAUUGCGGAUCCAUGACACAUAAAGCAACAGACUGCUUAGAACGACCGCGAAAGAUUGGAGCCAAGUAUAGACCUGUUGAUAUUAGUAAUGACGAAAAAAUUAAGGAAAUUAAAACAACUUGGGAUUCUAAGCGAGAUAGGUGGAAUGGAUACGAUGCAAAUGAGUACAAAAAGGUGAUUGAAAAAUUUGAACAUGAUGAAACUCAAAAAGCAAUACUGGAAGAACCAAAAACCAACAGCCCCACUGAUACCAUACCCGAAGAAAAUAUAUCUAACACUAGUCCACAACGGCUUUCAAAAGAUGAUGAAUAUGGAUUGGAUUCUUUAGAUAAUGAUGAUGAUGAUUUUAGUGAAAAUGAAAUCAGCCUUGAUAAAGGUUCUCAGAAAAAAGAUGGGGCAUUGGCACCAACCACACGCUCUCUUCGAGUACGAGAGGAUAAAGCUAGAUAUCUUCAGGAUUUAAGCGAAGAUGCAGCAGUUUUUAAUCCAAAAAGUCGUACUCUACGUACUGAAGAAGAGGGUAGCAUUAAUGAUCGAGGUCAAUUUAUAAGGAAACUUACAGAUAAGGCUGAAGAACAUAAGAUGUAUACUCAGUUAGCUGAAGAAGCAGCUGAACGUGGUGAAAAUGUUCACAUGGAAAAGGGUCCAACUGCGAGUUUGCUUUUAAUUCAAAAAUACCAAAAGGAAAAAAAGGAAUCACACGACAAAUCCCAAAAAGUUUUAUUUGAUAAAUAUGGUGGUUCAGAACAUUUCGAUAAAAACCUGAAAGAGAAAAAAGGUGACUUGCUGGAUGAUCAUUUUGAAUAUUCUCAAGAAUGUGAAAGUCCAUCAACCCACGAACUCCAAAAUCUAAAGAAACCUGAAUUAGAAAGAAAUUCAAAGACAAAAUACAAAGAGGACAAUUAUUAUCUUAAUCAUACUUCAGUAUGGGGAUCAUAUUGGGAAGAUUUUCAAUGGGGAUAUGCAUGUUGUCAUUCUUUAGUAAAACAAAGUUACUGCACUGGAAAUCAUUUAGAAAAACUUCACAGCUCAUUUGCAAGAAACGAAAAUAUCAAAAGCAAAGAUUUAAAUCAGACACCUUUAUCGUCUAAAAGAAAAUUAGGGGAUCAAAACUGA